ACAAAUUGACAACGGGUGUUGAAUGCAUCUUUUUAUUUCCAGUAUGAUCUAUGUAGUAUGUGAGUUUGUUCUGUGUAUAACAUUUAUAAUUCCUCUGCGUUAAUGUUAAAAUAUUAUAUUAAAUUAGGUGAUGAACAUAUCCUUGCAACUUAUCACUCUUGUGUACUGAUGUGUUACUUCAUGAUGACUGGCCAAUGCAAGAGGGGAAGAUGUGAAUAGUGAGGUAAAUUGAAACUUCAAGCACAAGAAAUAGUGACAGUAGCUACCGAUGCGAUGGAAAACAUGAACUUUUCAUUACUAUAAAACAUGGCUCAAGUAUAGUAAUUAUGCAAAAAAUUGUACAGUUCUACUAGAAUUGACUGUAACUGAAUUGUUUUCUGUUUAAAAUUGAUUCUCUGUACCUAUACUUUGAAUAGGAGCUCUUCUAAGAACUGAUGCUCUUAUGCUUGGUAAUGUCACCUGGCUCAAAUAAUGAAGUUUCUCUGGUUCUCACACACAGCUCUUGGCAAGCUGACCCAUAAACAUGUGUCCAUGUUUUUUGUAGGUUCGACGAAGUUCACAGUGCAGCUGAAACUAAAGGGACACUGUAGAGUAACAGGUCAGUAAAUUUGAGACUGUCAUCACUUGAUAAAUAACUUGCACACCAAAUAAGACAGUCAUGAGAUUUUUAAUGGGUGCCAUUGAAAACAUCGGUACAAAUAUAAUUAUUUUGCAUCAUGUGGAAGUUUUGUAGCAGCAGAUAAGUCAACAUCAUGAUCACAGUGACAUACACUGUUUGGCCAAGGAUAUAUAGUCAUGUGCAUAAAGAAGUCUUACAUUAGACCGAACUCUUACUGUAACGUGUAAAUUUCCAGUAUCAGUAUUUAAGUUUUUCUGCUGUGUUUCUGUAUUGUGGUUACAAAUUGACACAGGUGCUGCAUGCAUCAUUUCAGUAUGAUCCAUAUACUAUGUAAGUUUCCUUCUGUGUAUAAACAUUUAUAAUUCCUCUGUGUUUAUGUUAAACAUUGUAUUAAAUUCAGUGAUGGCCGUUUCGUUACAACUUGUCACUCUUAUAUACUGAUGUGCUGCUUCAUGAUGAGUUUGGCCUGUGCAAAAGGGGAAGAAAAUGUGAAUAGUGAGGUAAAUUGAAACUUGCAAGUAUCAAUGUUGGUAGCACAAGAAAUAGUGGCAGAGUUGCUUAUACGGCUGGUAGCCCGAGAAGAAUUGAUUGUACUUAGUCGCCGUGAAAGUUUCAGAUCAUACAUUACUUUCUGCUUACACAAAAUUAGCGCCGUCGCCAUUUUUCGAUACAUGAUACAUUUAUGACUUAUCUCCAUACCACGUUUCACAUGCUGUUACUGCAGCUAAAGAAAAGUUUCGGACGAUCGCGAUAUUUCUGUUUUACAUUAAACAAAUACGAAGCUUAACCGAAAUUGUGUAUGUUUCGAAUGUCUGUUAAGAAUACAUGAUUUCGGGACCGAGAAUGGAGUGAUUUGUGAUUGUAAGAAAUUACGAAGUAUGAGUUUGUGGAUGCGUUCUGUAGCAUAACGUCCAUUCAUUAACAUCGUUAAACUGGUUAAAACUUAAAAGAGUGAUGUGUGAUGCCGUAACCGUUAAUUUUUGGAACUGGAAUUUUGUGGCAGCUGACGGAGUGACGUACUCCUUCGGUGUGUUUUACUUGACUUUUCUGCACUACUUCAACGAAGGGAAGGGUACCACAGCAUGGAUCGCCUCCAUCUUGGUAGGAGUUACCCUCUGCUCAGGUCCGAUCUCCAGUUCCUUCGUGAACAAGUAUGGUUGCCGGGCAGUGACAAUUGCAGGGUCAUUGCUGGCCGCUGUCUCUCUCAUGAUCAGCGUCUUUGCUCAGAAUGUCCUCACACUCUACUUAACCAUUGGAUUGGGAGCAGGUUUUGGCUUUGGUCUCAUCUACCUGCCAGCCAUUGUGAGUGUGACGUGUUACUUUGAGAAGUAUCGUUCUCUGGCAACUGGAAUUGCUGUUUGUGGUUCUGGGCUGGGAACCUUUUUAUUUGCACCAAUCUCAGAGUACCUUAUCACGGAGUAUGGAUGGCGUGGAGCUUUGCUAAUCAUUGCAGCGGUUGUGCUCAACUGUAUCAUCUUGGGUGCGCUGUUCAGGCCCAUACCAGAUAUUAGGGAGAGCAAGCCAGUCAGCAGGGCUGCCUCUUCCAGUGCAGUAGCACUUCAUGGCAAUGCUGCCACUACAAACUCAAUGGAUGAGAAAAACAGCUCUGAGCAGAACCUGCACCAAGUAAUUUCCACGUCUGUUUCGAAAGGUGAUGACAAUGCCUUACACAGACCUCGCAGCAUUGGACACUUCAUGAUGCCUUAUUCUGGGAAGAUGCAGGGCAGGUCAAAUGCUGGGACCUCAGAUGUUGCACGACUUGCUCUCAGCCAACCAAUUUUACUCUCAACUUCAGCUUCAAUGCCUGAUCCUCAUUUAAAGCCUACAUUUGGGAGCCAGAGUCUCCGUAAAUCCAGUGGCAUCAUGUACAGAAGGGACAUCUUCUACCGUGGAAGUCUACACAACAUUCCUUAUCACAGGAGGAAGAGGGGAAGAAGCUGUACUUGGCCAGGCCAUGGAAACUUCAGAGUCUUGGGUUUGAGGCCUGGAGGCAACACAUUCUUUAAGCAGGGGCCAAUGGUUGUUUCUUAUUCCUCAAAUAAGGUUGAAUGCCACAUGGUGAGGCUUGGGUCUAACGUAUGGCUACAACAGGAUAUAAAACAUGGGGAAGAGUCUCAUCAGCUGAUGGAGCUGAAGGGCUCAAAACAAAGGCAAGAUGAUGAUGACAGAAUGACAAUAUGUGGCUGCUCAAAGGAGACAAGAGAUACACUCACAGAAAUGUUGGACUUCUCCCUCCUCAAGGACCCCAUAUUUAUUCUCUUUACUAUCUCAAACUUCUGCACUAGUGUGGGAUUCAACAUACCUUAUGUAUAUUUAGUGGCACAGGCUGAAGAGCGAGGUAUCUCAACAGACAAAGCCAGUUUACUCUUGGCAGUAAUAGGUAUUGCCAAUCUUAUAGGCAGAAUUAUUCUAGGUUAUGUGUCUGACAAACCAUGGAUAAAUCGACUGAUGGUCUACAAUGUGUGCCUUACCAUCUGUGGCGUGGCAACCGCAUUCAGUGCCUUGUGUUAUGAAUUCUAUUCAUUCGUUAUUUAUGCAUCUAUAUAUGGGUUCACCAUUGGAGCUUAUGUGGGGUUAACUUCAGUCAUUCUGGUGGAUCUUCUUGGACUUGAUCGCCUCACCAACGCAUUUGGAUUGCUUCUGCUCUUUCAAGGAAUUGCAUCUUUUCUUGGUCCUCCUGUAGCAGGCUGGCUUUAUGAUGCUCUCCAAUCAUAUAACCCUGGAUUUUAUGUGGCUGGCAUCACAAUUGCUGCAAGUGGGAUUAUGCUCUUUUGCAUUCCGUCAUUACAGAGGUAUGUGAUGCAAAGGAGGAACAGCAAAUCAAGCCAAAAAUUAGCUGUCCACCAAAAUGGAAGUAUAGCACAUUCAGCAGCAUAACAGUUCAACUGGAACCCUUGUGCUGUAUGAGUUCACUAAACAUUGAGAAAGUUUUUCGAGGUGAAAGAAGAGUUUUAGUGAGGGGUAAAUUUGGUGCAGAUAUAAAUUCAGACAAAAUAAAAUUGCCAUGGAAGUUGUUUAGAGAUUAUCUUGCAAGGAACAUGUCAAAAAGCAUGCAGACAUUUUUAACUCCUGGUGCUAAAUAAAGCAAAUAGACUGCCUUUCGAAAUAAUAAUUAUUUUAUUAUUUUGUUUUGUACAAUAGCAUAAAUAUAGAUUUUUGUUUUUUUGAGUACCAGAAAUAUCAUGUGAAGUGCGUAUAGGAUAGUGUGUGUUCAUGAGUUUUGUGAUCAGGUAUGUGUAUUUUGUCUCCUGUGUCUGUGAUGUUAUCUACAGUUAUUUCUUUAAUAUUUGCAAGGAGGGAAUGGCUCAGUCAUAUAAUUUUGGAAAUAUUAAAUUUCAACUGUGCAACUAAUUCAUAAUAUUUUUUUAUAUAUAUAUAUUUGGAUAUGAAGGAUGUCUGGGACAUCAAUAUGACAAUACAUACUGAAUGUACUUCUAAUUGUUAUUUUUAAUUGUGCACUGUUAUUCUUAUUUACACAGUUCUUAGUAAAUUAGUACUUCAUUUUGGUUAUAUUUGAAUGUGUCUGAUUUCCUCCUUCAUAAAAUGGCAAGUCAAUUUAUAAAUUGCAAACAGUGAUGAAACUUGUUUUGAAGCUGUUGCAUCUGUAUUGAACACAAAGAAAAGCACUGUAUAAUAUUACUUUUUAUCAUGUGUACUUUGCAUGAUGUGCUUAACCCGUUAACCUUUGACUUACGUUUCAUUGUGGGAACAUAAGUUAAGUUCUUGUUGGGAACGUAAACUCCGGCAACACUGGAAAGAGACUUGGCUACUUCUUUUACACUGAUUGAGGACUGCAUUCAAUGAAAGAGCGUUGUCUAGGGUUUUGACAAAGGUCAGCUUGAGCUGUCAACCCUGAAACUGUAAACAUAAACAGCGUACAUUGUUUAUGUCCAGUGGGUUUCGGCUUCAUUUUCAGGCACCCCAGUUCAAAGCUCUUACAUUCCUCGACAAGAUUGGCGAAUAAAAAUACGUAUGCACUAAAACAGAGGGAAACAAAAUUUUGUCUGUGGCCAAUAGUUCACAACCGUGGCUUCUACCAAGCCUUCAAAAAAAAGAAAGAAAAGUUACUAAAGCCAGAAGUUAUUUUAGACACUGUCAGUGACGAAUCAGAAGAUGACGGCAAUUAAACAGCGGACGGGGAAAAGGAUUAUAAAAGUGAUGAAUCAGAUCAGUCGUUGCAUAGACCACCAGGUUGACCAGCAAAUGUUGCCAAUAAAAGUCACUAGAUGAAAUAAGCACUGGCCUGUUUCAUCUAAUCGACUGCGAUGUCACGUGUUCAGCUCGGUGAGAAUCGAGAAGUCAGUGUGAAGUGUCAGCAAUGGAAGGUGGGUUUACGUCUGGACAAAAACUGCUUUUGCGGAUAUCACACCAAUACACAGUUAUAAAAGUGUUUCAAGUGCAAAACCCUUCGCCAAUGAUGCCUCCAACCAAGAUGUAAGUAAAAGAAACACGAAAUUUAGAAACAUAGAUAUUAAUAUGUAUUUAUGCAAGUAAGAUAUGACGGUUUUUCAAACGACUCUGCGUAAUCUGUUAUAUUCGCAUAAAAAUGGCGUUUAUUUCGUCACUUUAUCAUUCUUAUUGUAGAUAAUAUUAAAGUUUUUGGUAGAAGAAUUUAAAUGCACGCAAAAAGAAAAAUUCCGUAGGGCUGCCACCACUAUGCCACUUAAAUUCCCGUCCGUUAAAGGUAAAGCCAAAUGGUAACUAUAUGUACCAGUCAGUAAUGCAUUUUUUAUUUAUGUAUUUUCUAUGAUUGUCACUGUAAACAGUGAUUAUUUCCAUGAAGAGAGUUAAACAAGUUUAAUGGAUGGGUUGUGUGUUCUCUUUGCAGUACAGACUGAAUUAUUAAAUGUUAUUUAGAUGAAUGUUGGCUUUAAAGGGUUGAAUGAUUGCAUAUGUGAUUGACUGUUCUUCUGUCUGCAUGAUAUAACUGGACAGAUAUUGAUGAAAUCUGAUAUAAACGUUAUGUCAUGGAGGCCAUGAAAAGUCAUACCCAUUCAUUUUGUAUAAUCGAUAAGAACAACAGAAUGGAUAGAAUCUUAUGGGGUGGUAGCGGUACUAGGACCACAAAAGAGGUUCCUGAAAUCAUUAAAAUAUGCUUAUGAAAGUUUGCUUGGCACCUAUGAACAAACAGAUGUUAACAUUUUUUUAAUUUUUAGGAUAUUUUGAUAUUGCUGAUGGGAACAUUUGUUUUCUGGGAGAAUAUAUGCAGCAACCAGCUUGAGGGGUUGGAGUACUGAGUAAAAUUACUGAAUUUCUGUUCAUAUUUUGUUGUUGAAGAGAAGAUGUAUAUUGAUAUUAAAAAUAAUAAUAAGAUAUCCAUUAAUUUGAGUGGGAUUUGAACAGACAGUCCCACUGUCCAAGUGCAUGAGGCUUAUGCCUCAGACCAUGUGGCCACUGCGACCAGCAAAUGCCAGCAUAAUACCUUAAAAUUAGGCCAUAUCCUUUCCAAUUAAUUACUCACUGUCAUCCUCUCAUCUGGGAGUUUAGAUACUGAAAGUGUCAUUAAAUCAACUAUAAAUACAUAAAAAUAAGAUACAGUGAAAUGUAUUUAUAGAAGGAUAGGUACAAAAUAAUAUCACAGAUUUUGUGACCUUAAAUACAGAUUCAUAUUGCAUCUAUGUUUUACUUGAUUAGUGAAUAACAUUGCAUAGCAGAUAACUAAGUCAUGAAAUAAAAUUUGGUAGCGUGCAGAGACUUUAGAUCUCACUGAACUAGCUGUGGUGACUUUGACUAUAACAAAAUUAAAUGUCACAUACUAAACCUUGUGCAUUAAAAUAAAAUGUAUAAAUAAACUAGUCAAGGGUAUAUCGAAUUAAAUGUCAAAUGGAAACAAAGCUGUCGGGAUUGUCACUAAAUUUUCCAAAAGGACCAUGCAGGACAAUACAGACAACAGCUUCAAAUUCUGUAUGUUGUGUGUGUGUGUGUGCACGCGUGCGUGUGUAUAUCAUAUAUAUGUGUGUUUGUGUUUAUAGAAGCAUGACUGGAACUGUGUAACAGGACUUUUACAAAAAAAAGGUAGUUAAAUAUAAAGAAACAGGCCUGUUAUUUUAUUAAAUAUGAAUAUCUUGGAUUUAA